GCGGGAGGGUGGCGGCUCCCUCGGGACCCGGCGCGAUGCGGCGGGUCACCCUGUUCCUGAACGGCAGCCCCAAGAACGGAAAGGUCGUUGCUGUAUAUGGAACUUUGUCUGAUUUACUUUCUGUGGCCAGCAGUAAACUCGGCAUAAAAGCCACCAGUGUGUACAACGGGAAAGGUGGACUGAUUGAUGACAUUGCUCUGAUCAGGGAUGAUGAUGUUUUGUUUGUGUGUGAAGGGGAGCCAUUUAUUGAUCCACAGACAGAUUCUCCACCACCUGGACGACUAAUAGGUGCCCAUACAGAUUGGCUCACGUUGAACGUUGGAGGGCGAUAUUUCACAACUACGCGGAGCACUUUAGUGAAUAAAGAACCAGACAGUAUGCUGGCCCACAUGUUCAAGGACAGAGGUGUCUGGGGAAAUAAGCAAGAUCACAGAGGAGCAUUUUUAAUAGACCGGAGCCCGGAAUACUUUGAGCCCAUUUUGAACUACUUGCGUCAUGGACAGCUUAUUGUGAAUGACGGCAUUAAUUUACUGGGUGUGUUAGAAGAAGCCAGGUUUUUUGGCAUUGACUCACUGAUUGAACACCUAGAAGUAGCCAUAAAGAAUUCUCAACCACCAGAGGAUCAUUCACCAAUAUCCCGAAAGGAAUUUGUUCGAUUUCUGUUAGCAACUCCAACCAAGUCAGAACUGCGUUGCCAGGGUUUGAACUUCAGUGGAGCUGACCUUUCUCGUUUGGACCUUCGGUACAUUAACUUCAAAAUGGCCAAUUUAAGUCGUUGCAACCUUGCACAUGCAAAUCUCUGUUGUGCGAACCUUGAACGAGCUGAUCUUUCUGGAUCAGUGUUGGACUGUGCAAAUCUCCAGGGAGUCAAGAUGCUCUGUUCUAACGCAGAAGGUGCUUCCCUGAAGCUGUGUAAUUUUGAGGAUCCUUCCGGUCUUAAAGCCAAUUUAGAGGGUGCUAACCUGAAAGGUGUGGACAUGGAAGGAAGUCAGAUGACAGGAAUUAACCUGAGAGUUGCCACCUUAAAGAAUGCAAAAUUGAAGAACUGUAACCUCCGAGGAGCAACCUUAGCAGGAACCGACUUAGAGAACUGUGAUCUGUCUGGAUGUGACCUUCAGGAAGCCAACCUGAGAGGCUCCAACGUGAAGGGGGCCAUAUUCGAAGAGAUGCUGACACCACUGCAUAUGUCCCAGAGCGUCAGAUGAGCGUGCCGAGGGCCGGAGGAGGGUCCAAGAUGGAAAAUGCUCUUUUCUUUCUGCACCCUGUCAGUUGUCUAGAUGAAAUAACUCUAAGGGGAUUAAGACCAACCAGCUAGAGGCUCAUGCUUGUUUCCAGAGGUGCAUAAGGGGAAAGUAGCAUUAUCCCCCGAUUCUGACUUGACAGGCACUCAGUGAAUAGACGUAGCGGAGCUAGGUCAUGCGUGCCUUUUCAAUCAGCUUGGAACAUUCAUCGGGUUUAUGAUCAGGAAUAGUAUCUAUUGUCGUCUGCUUUGAAAUAGGCAUGAUGAGGAAAUACCAUCUUGGUUUAAGAUGUGUUUGAGAAUUUUAAUUUAUGAAAAGCACAACAUAUGCAAUUAUAUUUAUUGAAUACCUAGAUGCAGUAAGGAUAUUUAAAUUGUUAAACUUUAUGAAAACUUUGAAAAGGUUGUUCAGGUUUAUAAAUAGCUUUAGUGAUGCCUUCCCUCCCUCUUUAAAUACCUGUCGCACUGGAUGAAGAUGGUGACAUCAGAUCCCUAACUAAGGCUCUCUUUUCAGGUUCAUUUUUUGUAAUGUUUACUUUUUAAAUGAAAACAGGAGCUAAAUUCAAGAAAUUUUAGCCCAUUCUUACUUUUUGAGAGCCAGUGGAAGGGAAGCCAUGGCUGUGCACCCGUCUGCAGGUGGAGGGAGGACUGGCCUGCAGCCACAGCUUGUGAAUGAGCAUUCCUCAGUCGUCGUAGGCAAGCGCAUGCCACACCCGACUAGGCAGUUCUGCCCAUUCGCACCUCGAGUUUUCUCAUGUAAUCACACAGACGUAGGAAAAUGCUUCAGAACCAAAACACCAAGGUGCACCGUUAAUACUCGCUUAAUGCAAAUGCCGAAUAGUGCUUAGAAAUGGACAUUACAUUUAAUCCCAGAGCAGCUAAAGCUACAAAAUAGGAAUAAACAUGGCAGAGUCACCUUUUAAGAGGCAGCCUACCAUAACUGCAGCUAAAACCCUAAAGAACUUUAAACUGACAGUUGAUUAUGGCCAGCAAAAAGUAAGAAUAGUAACAAUAAGGCAUUUGACGAGUCUAAGCUGUAAUACCAGUUAGCACCUGUAGUUUGUUUUUGUUUUUUAAUUUUCUGUUAUGUGUCUUGGUUUGUUUUGCUUUGAAGUCAAAUUUCAGCCUAGUUUUUCUGAGUCAUUAUCUCUGUAGCAACAGGUGGGGCCUUGACUUCACUACCAGUGUCCUGAUGUCCUUACAUGUGCCCCAAGAGCAGGGAUGUAAGCUGUGUCCAAAUCCUACAGACUCGUCAGCGAGGCAAGGGCUCCUGACCCCGCCUCGUCUCCUUCGCGAGAACGACCUGUCUUCAGCAUCCUGUAGCUUACUCUUACGUACCUACAUAUGCAAAGCUUUCCUCGCAGUAAAGGGCUCAUUCGCACUGUGGCAGAGAUCGCUCCUUUAUGUGGGAAGGAAAGUGACUUUAAAAAUGAAUUAUUUUCUUUGCUUUAUUAUUUUUACCAAGACAGAGAAGUAUUGUAUUGAGAAAUAUCUAUUUUCAUAAUCAAUAUGUGCCUAAAUUAUAUUUCGAUCAUUUCACUCUGUACUAUAUUUUCAGUAAUUAUAGACUAUGCUCUUCAUUCACUGAAAGGUUCCUCUGUCGGCAAAUGCCAACUGCAGAGGAUCUGAAGGCUCUGAACACGGUGUGUGUGGGAGCUGCAGGGCUUGGGUCUGAUAGAUACUGCGUUAAUAAAUGAUAUGAACCACUGAGAA